AUGUGGCAGUUGCACGUAGAUAGAGCGGCGAACCAAAGGGAGCUGGAGCAGGUGUCGUCUACAUCACCCAGAUGGAACCUUGUUAGAGCAAGCUAUCACGUCGGCUUUCAGGCAUCAACAACGAGGCAGAAGGAAUCGAGGCAUUAUCGUCGGCCUGCGCUUGGCAAAGGAACUCGCAAUCAGAAGCUAGCCAUCUACUCAGAUUCUCAGUUGAUCACGAAUAAUAGCAUAGGUGAAUACAUGGCGAAGCACCCAAAGGAUGAUCGUGUACUUGAAAAGUCCAAGAGCUAUGAAGGCGUUUCCUACCUUCACCAUCCAACAAGUAACCGGGCAGAGAGAACGCGAAAUGAAGACGCCACUAGCCAGUCUAGGGUCGCGUUGGAUACCCAAUUCAGACGCUCCAUCCGGUCGAACACUGGACCGGACAGCAUGAAGAAGAUAGAGCCAAUCGGACACAAUGCAAAUUGA